AUGACUGCAGCCACUGAAGCUCUUCCCACUUUGAAGCUGGCAGUCGUCCGGCUUCUGCACCUCAUCUGGCAAUUCACGGAGAGCAACUUUCCCACCUUUGUACUUCCGAACUCGGCCUUUGGACUUCUCACAGGUCUCGCUGCUCCUCUACUCACCGACUGUCCCGAGCGUCCGGCUGCUCCCCGUCUCUUUGUCCGUGGGCUCGCAGUGAUUCUCUUCAACUGGGCCAAUGUCUUUGUAUUCGAUUUGGCGAACCAGCGUCUUCCCGAAUCGCGAUUGGAGGAUCGGCUGAACAAGCCAUGGCGACCCCUGCCCACUAGACAGAUCAGCCCCGAUACCACACGGCGGUGGAUGCUCAUCUUCAUUCCUCUUGUGUUGACUGUCAGUGCGGUUCUCGGCGUGGUGACAGAGAGCGCAUUAAUCAUGAUUCUGACCUGGUUGUACAACGAUCUGCGUGGUGGCGAUGAGAUCGUGCGUGACGGUAUUAUCGCUUGCGGAUAUGCGCUGUAUCUCAGCAGUUCGCUGCGAAUUGUGUCCGGCCUCGACUUUCAUAUCACGGAGCAUGGCUACAGGUGGAUUGCAAUUAUGAGCGGCAUCAUCUUAACCACCAUGCAAGUCCAGGACUUGAAGGAUCAAGUUGGCGACCGAACCCGAGGACGGCGAACCCUUCCCCUGGUCUUGGGAGAUAAGGUUUCUCGUUGGAGUAUCGUUGGUUUCACAUUGUUCUGGAGCAUGCUAUGCUGUUACUUCUGGCAGCUGCCACUGUGGGGAUAUGUGCUGCCCCUGCUGACAGGGUUGGCAGUGUCGUUCCACGUGGUCAUCGGAUCGAACGAUGCCCAAGCGUGGCGACUGUGGUGCGCGUGGCAAGUCGUCAUCUAUGGAAUUCCUAGUUUGGUGUCUGUACUGGACCGAGAUUGA